AUGCAGAGGCCUCCGCCACCGAAUGCGUUCUCACCAGGCACGGUGUUGACGGUUGGAUCACACACGGCGGUUGUUGUGAAGUACAUCUCGGAAGGUGGUUUUGCGCAUGUUUAUGAGGUUAAGAUCUCUCCCGCUGAGAAUGGCACUGCUAUUGCCUGUCUCAAAAGAGUGGUUGUGCCGGACAAGCACAGUCUCAACACCCUCAGGGCGGAAGUGGAUUCCAUGAAGCGGGUGUCUGGGUUCAGGCACAUUGUGUCGUAUAUUGACUCCCACGCAGCCAGGCUGGAGGGUGGCCAAGGUUAUGAGGUGUUUGUCCUGAUGGAAUUGUGCUCCAAAAAGGGGUUGAUCGAUUUCAUGAACACCCGUCUUCAGAAUCGCCUUACAGAGCCGGAAGUGUUGAGAAUUAUGGGCGAGAUUACAGAAGGCGUGGCAAACAUGCACGCUUUGAAGCCACCUUUGCUUCAUAGGGAUAUCAAGAUUGAAAACGUUCUCAUUGCUGACAAUGGUGAUUACAAGCUCUGUGAUUUUGGAUCUGCUUCGCCGGUACUGCGCCCACCAAGAAAUUCCGAAGAGUUCAGCAUUCUGCAAAAUGACAUAUUGAAGAAUACAACACCACAAUACAGAUCACCUGAGAUGGUUGAUCUAUACCGCGGAUUGCCAAUAGAUGAAAAAUCUGAUGUAUGGGCAUUAGGUGUGUUUCUCUACAAGGUUUGUUACUACACGACUCCAUUCGAGUCAAAAGGUGAACUUGCAUUGCUUCAUGCAAAGUUUGACUUCCCUCAAAAACCGGUUUAUUCAGAUCGUUUGAAGAACUUGAUCUCUGUGCUUUUGAGGGAGGAUCCAAGACGACGCCCAAAUGCUUUCCAAACUUUAGAAGAGGUUUGUCGUAUGCGUGGUGUUCCGACGCCAAUCGUCGACUUUACUAACGUUCCACUGUCACCUCCUUCUUCAAGUGUUGAUUUGUUACAG